AUGUUCGCUCUUGGACCGAAGUUGAUGGACAAGGCUGGCCCCGGAGCCGCCGGUGACGGGGAUACCGAAGCUCGGGGCGAUCAGGAAACCGACCGAGAAUACUUCGCUGUUACCGGCUUUGGUGGGGGUUAGGGUGCGCAGCAUGCAGGCCUCCGGCCACAAGCAGUUCGCCGAGCUCCCGAAACGAGUCCAGAACAUGAUCCCGUUUGCAGGGGAUAUGGUUAACCCGCCGUUGGUGGGUUCGAUUAUGGCCGCAUUCAUCGGGUUGAUCCCGCUUUUACAUAAAGCCUUUUUCGCAGACACAGAGGACGGCGGAAUAUUCCGUGCUUGGUUGACCAGUUCUGUCUCAAAUAUCGGAGACCUGUUCACUGCUUUACAGAUGUUUGUCGUCGGUAGUCAUUGUGCACCAGUAUUGAUCCUGAGCAUGAAGUUGGUGAGAUGCCCAACCGCGGGAUUGCAUUUGUCUAGGGGGUUAGGUUUUUGUUUUGGCCUGCGCGAGUUUGGUUCCUUUUCUGCUGCUUGUUCCUUGGAUGGAGGAAUUAACUGAGAGGACUGGUAUCAUACCAUAGCGUUGCCAUACCGACGGUGUACUACCUCGCAAAGAAAAAAUUCCUGGGUCACGACCCGAUGGCCUGGCUUGACAUGAUACCUAUGCCUGUUGGACAGUUCCGUAAUGAUGAUGAGUUCAUUGGUGGAACUAAAUGGGAAUUCGGCGAAGGAUAGAAUGGCGGUUGCUAGGUUUUUGACUGUAUGUUUUUCGUUAUCUCGGCUUGUUUAAUAUGGGGGCUAAUGCUGAUAGGUGUUAUACGCCAUCAGCCCGGUAAUAUGCUUCAUGGUGGUUGGUUCCCUCAAGACUUCGGAUAUGGCGACUAAGGUGUGAAGUAACGUCGUGUGGCGCAGUGCAAGCGGAGUCGGUGCUUGGUUUUGCUUGCUUGCUUAUAGAAGGGCUUGCUGCUUGGAUCUCGUUUGGAAACCUGCGUACCAUGUAUUCAGUCGGGAAUGGUAUAUAGCAUACGAUGCGCAGCGGCGGAGACUGAACAGACAUGGGGGAUUCGAGGAUUGUCACUCAACUGGGAAGUAAGCCGAGUGGCUUGAAAAGUGACCUCGGGUUUUGUCAUUUUAAUGAUCUAGGGGCGGCGGCGAGCACAGUUAGGGAAAGGAGAGUGGGGGUAUUGGCGUAGGAGAGAAAUGGCCGAGUGUGAGUGUGUAAUUGGGUAGUGGUGUACGUAUCCAUCAUCGCCGGGCUCUCCCAGUGGAAUUCUUAGGAAGCACCUAAGUGUCUGAUGAAUCAGCAGUGCUUUCCACUAGUGCCCCAAAGAUUUCCCACAUUUUGGUCAGAUCCCUCACAAAUACCAUUCGGCGUACUGGACCCUUCUUCCUGUUGGAGGAGCAAACCUCACAAGCAACACUAUGAUCUGCGGGUGAGAUAAUGGUACCCAUCAGAAGAUAUGCUUUCACCAACCGCAAGAUGACACUAUCCGAUCUUAUAGAAUACGGUGCCUCGCCGAGAAUAUCCUGUGUGGUAUCGUGCUUUAUAAGACCCGAGUUCGCUUCGGUCCUCACAUAUCCGGACAUGCUUGUCCCGGAGAAUGAACAAAUAUUUCAUCGUGGG